AUGUCGUUAGCCAAUUAUCAAAAAGAAGAUGGUGGUGUAUUUGUACUUCAGAUAUCUCAACCAUCUCUUGUGGUUGAGAUAAAGGAAAAGAAAGAAUUGGACCCUGACUUAAAGAUGAUCAAGAGUAAUGUGGGUCAACACAAGGUUACGGACGUUGUGAUUGGGGGUGAUGGUGUCUUAAGUUACAAAGCUAGUCUAUAUGUUCCCAACAUUGAUAGAUUGAGGGAAAGGGUCAUGGACGAGGGUCAUGAAUCUCAGUAUGCCAUUCCUCUCGAUUCCACAAAGAUGUAUCAUGAUCUUAGAGAGUUCUACUGGUUGGGUAAUAUGAAGCUGGAUAUGGCUAUCUAUAUGGCCAAGUGUAUGGUGUGUCAACAAGUGCAAUUUAAGCACAUAAGGCCUGAGAGCUUAUAUCAAGAGAUCCCAUUACCUGAAUGA